AUGACCCUUAGAACAGUCCGUACUCCCAGCCUCGACUUGGCAUUUUACGAACAUGGCUCUCCCCAAGGCUGGCCGGUUGUUCUAUCACAUGGCUUUCCAUAUGAUAUUCACGCGUAUGAUGAUGUUGUUCCUAUGCUUGUUGCAGCUGGAGCAAGAAUCUUCGUUCCUUCUCUUCGUGGAUUUGGCAAGACUCAUUUCCAUACAGCAUCAACAAUUAGAUCUGGCCAACAAUCUGCGUUAGCAUCAGACCUGAUUGCCUUGUUAGACGCAAAUGGGAUUGAAGCAGCGAUUGUGGCUGGGUUUGACUGGGGAGGUUUGGCAUCUUGCGCUGCUGCACUUCUCUGGCCAUCCCGAAUCACCGGCCUCGUGUCCUAUGCUGGAUACGAUAUCGUCAAUCCCGGAGAACAGCAGGAACCAAACCAUCCUGAUUUAGAGCGCACCAUGUGGUACCAACACCUCUUUCAACAUGAACGGGGCAAGCAAUGCUUGUCGAAGUUCCGACGUGAUUUUUGCUAUAGACUGUGGCAAGAGUGGUCCCCCUCAUGGCCUUCAAUCGAUCAGGCGUUUAGCCAAACCGAAACAUCAUUUGAUAAUCCUGAAUUUGUCGAUGUUGUCAUUCAUGCGUAUCGGUAUGCACUCGGCACUGUGAAAGGAGACCCGUCACUGCAGCAUUUCGAAGACAAGCUCGCCGCAAGACCCAAGAUCACCGUUCCUACAAUCACGUUAGACGGUACUCAGGAUCCAUUAAAGCCUGGAGGUACUGGGCACCACAAUGAGAUGUUUUCAGGCCGUCAUGAGAGGAGAGAAUUCAAUGUGGGUCAUGCUUUCCCUUUGGAAAAUCCCGUGGCAUUUGCGGAAGCGGUCAUUGAUGUCCAUAAUUGGGCCUCUUAA